CCCCUCCUCUGCCCUCCCCGAUAAAUCCCCCACCCCCACAUGCCUCCGCAUCUCAUCCCAUCCCACGCUUCCGCGGUUCCCCUCAAACCCUCGUCGCCUCCUCCCAAGCGUCGCUGCCCUCUCCUCGCGUUCGGAAGUAACGUCUCGCCAUGGCCUCCGAGACAGAGACCUUCGCCUUCCAGGCGGAGAUCAACCAGUUGCUCUCCCUCAUAAUCAACACCUUCUACUCCAACAAGGAGAUCUUCCUCCGGGAGCUCAUCUCCAACUCCUCCGAUGCCUUGGACAAGAUCAGGUUUGAGAGCUUGACGGACAAGAGCAAGCUCGAUGCCCAGCCAGAGCUGUUCAUCCACAUUGUUCCUGACAAGGCCUCCAACACACUGACAAUCAUUGACAGUGGUAUUGGUAUGACCAAGUCAGAUCUCGUGAACAACCUUGGUACCAUUGCACGGUCAGGAACAAAGGAGUUCAUGGAGGCUCUGGCUGCUGGUGCUGAUGUGUCUAUGAUCGGUCAGUUUGGAGUUGGUUUCUACUCUGCCUACCUUGUUGCUGAGAGAGUUGUUGUGACCACCAAGCACAACGAUGAUGAGCAGUACGUGUGGGAGUCUCAGGCUGGUGGCUCCUUCACCGUCACACGUGAUACCUCUGGGGAGCCCCUUGGCAGGGGUACCAAGAUGACCCUCUACCUCAAGGAUGAUCAGUUGGAGUACCUUGAGGAGCGACGCCUCAAGGAUCUGAUCAAGAAGCACUCUGAGUUCAUCAGCUACCCCAUCUCUCUCUGGACUGAGAAGACCACUGAGAAGGAGAUUUCUGAUGAUGAGGAUGAGGAAGAUAAGAAGGAUGAGGAGGGCAAGGUUGAGGACGUUGAUGAGGAGAAGGAAGAGAAAGAGAAGAAAAAGAAGAAGAUCAAGGAGGUUUCUCACGAGUGGCAAUUGGUCAACAAGCAGAAACCUAUCUGGAUGAGGAAGCCUGAGGAGAUCACCAAGGAAGAGUACGCUGCUUUCUACAAGAGCUUGACAAACGACUGGGAGGAGCAUCUUGCCGUGAAGCACUUCUCUGUUGAGGGUCAGCUUGAGUUCAAGGCUGUCCUCUUUGUACCCAAGAGGGCCCCGUUCGACCUCUUCGACACCAGGAAGAAGCAGAACAACAUCAAGCUCUAUGUGCGGCGUGUCUUCAUCAUGGACAACUGUGAGGAGCUGAUCCCAGAGUGGCUGAGCUUUGUCAAGGGCAUCGUUGACUCUGAGGACCUUCCCCUCAACAUCUCCCGUGAGACCCUCCAGCAGAACAAGAUCCUCAAGGUCAUCCGCAAGAACCUGGUGAAGAAGUGCAUUGAGCUCUUCUUCGAGAUUGCUGAGAACAAGGAGGACUACAACAAGUUCUACGAGGCCUUCUGCAAGAACCUCAAGCUUGGCAUCCACGAGGACUCCCAGAACAGGACCAAGAUCGCUGAGCUCCUGAGGUACCACUCCACCAAGAGCGGUGAUGAGCUGACUAGCCUCAAGGACUAUGUGACGAGGAUGAUGGAGGGCCAGAGCGACAUCUACUACAUCACUGGUGAGAGCAAGAAGGCUGUGGAGAACUCCCCCUUCCUUGAGAAGCUGAAGAAGAAGGGCUAUGAAGUCCUGUACAUGGUGGAUGCAAUUGAUGAGUAUGCCAUUGGCCAGCUGAAGGAAUUUGAGGGCAAGAAACUCGUCUCUGCCACUAAGGAGGGCCUGAAGCUUGAUGAGACUGAGGAUGAGAAGAAGAGACAGGAGGAGCUCAAGGAGAAGUUUGAGGGCCUCUGCAAGGUGAUUAAGGAGGUUCUGGGUGACAAGGUUGAGAAGGUGGUGGUCUCUGACCGUGUGGUGGACUCCCCCUGCUGCCUGGUCACUGGCGAGUAUGGCUGGACUGCCAACAUGGAGAGGAUCAUGAAGGCCCAGACGGAGACGUUCGCCUUCCAGGCGGAGAUCAACCAGCUGCUCUCCCUCAUCAUCAACACCUUCUACUCCAACAAGGAGAUCUUCCUCCGGGAGCUCAUCUCCAACUCCUCCGAUGCCUUGGACAAGAUCAGGUUUGAGAGCUUGACGGACAAGAGCAAGCUCGAUGCCCAGCCAGAGCUGUUCAUCCACAUUGUUCCUGACAAGGCCUCCAACACUCUGACAAUCAUUGACAGUGGUAUUGGUAUGACCAAGUCAGAUCUCGUGAACAACCUUGGUACCAUUGCACGGUCAGGAACAAAGGAGUUCAUGGAGGCUCUGGCUGCUGGUGCUGAUGUGUCUAUGAUCGGUCAGUUUGGAGUUGGUUUCUACUCUGCCUACCUUGUUGCUGAGAGAGUUGUUGUGACCACCAAGCACAACGACGAUGAGCAGUACGUGUGGGAGUCUCAGGCUGGUGGAUCCUUCACCGUCACACGUGAUACCUCUGGGGAGACCCUUGGCAGGGGUACCAAGAUGAUCCUCUACCUCAAGGAUGAUCAGUUGGAGUACCUUGAGGAGCGACGCCUCAAGGAUCUGAUCAAGAAGCACUCUGAGUUCAUCAGCUACCCCAUCUCUCUCUGGACUGAGAAGACCACUGAGAAGGAGAUUUCUGAUGAUGAGGAUGAGGAAGAUAAGAAGGAUGAGGAGGGCAAGGUUGAGGAUGUUGAUGAGGAGAAGGAAGAGAAAGAGAAGAAAAAGAAGAAGAUCAAGGAGGUUUCUCACGAGUGGCAAUUGGUCAACAAGCAGAAACCUAUCUGGAUGAGGAAGCCUGAGGAAAUCACCAAGGAAGAGUACGCUGCUUUCUACAAGAGCUUGACCAACGACUGGGAGGAGCAUCUUGCCGUGAAGCACUUCUCUGUUGAGGGUCAGCUUGAGUUCAAGGCUGUCCUCUUUGUACCCAAGAGGGCCCCCUUCGACCUCUUCGACACCAGGAAGAAGCAGAACAACAUCAAGCUCUAUGUGCGGCGUGUCUUCAUCAUGGACAACUGUGAGGAGCUGAUCCCAGAGUGGCUGAGCUUUGUCAAGGGCAUCGUUGACUCUGAGGACCUUCCCCUCAACAUCUCCCGUGAGACCCUCCAGCAGAACAAGAUCCUCAAGGUCAUCCGCAAGAACCUGGUGAAGAAGUGCAUUGAGCUCUUCUUCGAGAUUGCUGAGAACAAGGAUGACUACAACAAGUUCUACGAGGCCUUCUGCAAGAACCUCAAGCUUGGCAUCCACGAGGACUCCCAGAACAGGACCAAGAUCGCUGAGCUCCUGAGGUACCACUCCACCAAGAGCGGUGAUGAGCUGACUAGCCUCAAGGACUAUGUGACAAGGAUGAAGGAGGGCCAGAGCGACAUCUACUACAUCACUGGUGAGAGCAAGAAGGCUGUGGAGAACUCCCCCUUCCUUGAGAAGCUGAAGAAGAAGGGCUAUGAAGUCCUGUACAUGGUUGAUGCAAUUGAUGAGUAUGCCAUUGGCCAGCUGAAGGAAUUUGAGGGCAAGAAACUUGUCUCUGCCACUAAGGAGGGCCUGAAGCUGGAUGAGACUGAGGACGAGAAGAAGAGACAGGAGGAGCUCAAGGAGAAGUUUGAGGGCCUCUGCAAGGUGAUUAAGGAGGUUCUGGGUGACAAGGUUGAGAAGGUGGUGGUCUCUGACCGUGUGGUGGACUCCCCGUGCUGCCUGGUCACCGGUGAGUAUGGCUGGACCGCCAACAUGGAGAGGAUCAUGAAGGCCCAGGCGCUGAAGGACUCCAGCAUGUCCGGAUACAUGUCCUCCAAGAAGACCAUGGAGAUCAACCCUGAGAACGCCAUCAUGGAUGAGCUCCGCAAGCGUGCUGAGGCUGACAAGAACGACAAGUCUGUUAAGGACCUUGUCAUGCUGCUGUUUGAUACUGCGCUCCUCACCUCUGGCUUCAGCCUCGAUGACCCCAACACCUUUGGCAGCCGCAUCCACCGAAUGCUAAAGCUAGGCCUGAGCAUCGACGAGGACGAAACCCCGGAGGCUGACAGUGACAUGCCCCCUCUUGAGGACGAUGCCGGUGAGAGCAAGAUGGAGGAGGUCGACUAAGCGCUGCUUGGUGGUUUUCUCGAGUCGAGUUUAGCUUAGUUAUUCUGGUUAUUCCUGAACCUUGAGUUUUUUGUUUAUUUUGUGGGGUGCUACUUUUCCUAGCCUGCAUCUGCAUGCGUGGUGCUAGGGUUAUCGAACUGCGUACGUUAGUUGUCGGUGGUAUAGUAGCAUUAUUAUUAUCCUGUUAUCUUCUAACUUCUGUUUCUUCUCGUUUGCAUUCUGUUUUUCGUGUCACUUCUUUCUUAAGCUUCUAUCCGUUUUACUUUCA